CAGAUCUCGGAUUGCCGCGUCCCUGUCGAGCCUCACGUCAUGUCGUUCCAGGACUUUGUUGACGAGUGCGAGAUGCGCGACGGCGUGCGCUGGUCGUGGAACGUCUGGCCUUCAAGCCGCAUCGAAGCCACCCGAAUGGUCGUGCCUGUCGCAGCCAUGUACACUCCGCUGAAGCCGCGUGAAGACUUGCCGCCGAUUUAUUACGAGCCCGUUCUUUGCGGCAAAACCACCUGCCGUGCAGUGCUCAAUCCGUACUGCUCGAUUGACGUGCGUGCCAAGCUUUGGAUUUGCCCAUUCUGCUUGCAGCGCAACCAAUUCCCAGCACAUUACCGUGAAAUUUCAGAGCAGCGCUUGCCCGCCGAGCUGCUGCAAAAGUUUUCGACCAUCGAGUACACGUUGCAGCGAGGCGCGACGCUGCCUCCGAUCUUCCUGUUUGUGGUUGACACUUGCAUGGAUGACGAAGACUUCCAGGCUCUCAAAGACUCGCUCAUCAUGUCGCUCAGUCUGAUGCCCCAAAACGCCCUGGUCGGCCUGAUCACCUACGGCACAACCGUCCAAGUCCACGAGAUUGCCUAUGCAGAGUGCUCAAAGAGCUACGUCUUCCGCGGCACCAAGGACUUUGCUGCCAAGCAGGUGCAGGAUUUGCUUGGUCUGCAAACGGCCGCCGCUCGUCCCCAACAGCAGCAGCAGCAACAGCAGCAGCAGCCUGGGCAGCCGCAACAGGCGCCGCAGCCCCAGAUUGGCGGUGCACCCGGCACCUCGCGCUUCCUUCAACCAAUCUCCGAGUGCGACUCUGCCCUCACUGCCAUCAUCGAGGAGCUGCAGCGUGACCCGUGGCCAGUCGCCAACGACAAGCGACCACUGCGCAGCACUGGCGUUGCCCUUUCGGUCGCCGUCGGCCUGUUGGAGUGCACCUUCCCAAACACUGGCGCACGCGCCAUGCUGUUUAUGGGUGGCCCCGCCACUCAAGGCCCCGGCAUUGCUGUCAGCAACGAGCUCAAAGAGCCCAUUCGCUCGACCCACGACAUUGAGAAGGACAAUGCAAAGUACCUCAAGAAGGCCCUGAAGCACUACGACGCGCUCGCCAAGCGUGCUGCCAACAACGGCCACAUUAUUGAUGUGUUUGCCUGCGCGUUCGACCAACCCGGUCUGCUCGAGAUCAAGCCCUGCCCCAACCUUACUGGCGGUCACAUGGUGAUGGGUGAUUCGUUCAACACCUCCCUCUUCAAGCAAACAUUCCAACGCAUUUUUGCCAAGGACAACAAGGGCGAGUACAAGAUGGCCUUUGGUGCCACGAUCGAUGUUCAGGCGACUCGCGAACUCAAGAUUUGCGGCAUGACUGGCCCCGGUAUCUCUUUGGCCAAGAAGGGGCCCUGCGUGUCUGAAAACGACAUUUGCCUUGGUGGAACUAGCGCUUGGAAGCUGUGCGGUAUUGAUCAAGCGACGACAUGCGGCUUUUUCUUUGAAGUUGUGGGACAGCAUCAAACUCCUGUUCAACCUGGACAGCGAGCCCUCGUCCAGUUCACCACCCAGUAUCAGCAUUCGUCCGGUCAGCGACGGCUCCGUGUGACUACCAUUGCUCGCAAUCUUGUGGACGCGGCUACCAACCUUGGCGCAAUCGCGAGUGGCUUUGAUCAAGAAGCUGCCGCUGUUUUGAUGGCGCGCAUUGCUGUUUUCCGCGCCGAGAACGAUGAAGGACCCGAUGUGCUGCGAUGGCUCGACCGCAUGCUCAUUCGUCUGUGCCAAAAGUUUGCCGACUUCCGAAAGGACGAGCCUGGCUCGUUCCGACUUGCCGAAAACUUUUCGCUGUAUCCGCAGUUCAUGUUCCACCUUCGUCGCUCGCAGUUCUUGCAAUCCUUCAACUGCAGUCCUGACGAAUCGUCUUACUACCGCCACAAGCUCAACAAGGAAGACGUCACCAACUCGCUCAUCAUGAUUCAGCCGACACUGACAUCUUUCAGUCUGAACGGCGAGCCAGUUCCAGUGAUGCUCGAUUCGCAGUCAAUCCAGCCCGAUCGCAUCCUGCUGCUUGACACGUUCUUUUACAUUCUUAUCUUCCACGGCGAGACGAUUGCCCAAUGGCGCAAGCAAGGCUAUCAGAACCAGCCCAACUUUGAGAACUUUAAAAAUCUGCUUGCCGCACCCGUCGCCGAAGCACAGCAACUUUUGGUCAGUCGCUUCCCUCUGCCUCGCUACAUUGAUUGCGACCAGGGUGGCAGUCAGGCUCGCUUUUUGCUUUCCAAAGUCAAUCCGUCACAAACCCACAACUCGGCCAACGUGUAUGGUCAGGAAGCGGGCCUUCAAGUGCUUACCGACGAUGUCAGCUUGCAAGUCUUUGUUGAUCACUUGAAGAAACUGGCUGUUUCGAGCUCGUCGUAAAGGAUCCGACAUUCGUGAUUUUUGUUUGCUUUUUUCUUUCUUUUCGGCUUGUAUUGUCGUUGUGAUUGUUGUUGUUUUGUUGUUGUUUUGUUGUUGGUCUGGAGGGUGGUGAAUUUUGCGUGACCGCGCUUGCUAGCAACGCCUCCGAAAAAAAAAAUCAAAUGUUUGUGGAAACGGUUUUAUCGCAAAGGAUGCAGAA